GUCUGACCUUCAACAACAGGCAAAUAGACCAAUCAAAAUCACACCAUAUUGCGGACGAAAACAAAGUCUUCACAACAAACAAUGGGAGAGUUUAAGAAAGGCGACAUUGUGACGUUUGUAGAUCAGGGUUCUCAGUCAUUCGGAGAAAUAUUGUCAGUGAGAAAUGAUGAUUGCGACGUGAAAAUACUAAUUGAUAAAGAGGAGAGAGUUAUGCGAGUUCCGCGUUCCAGGAUGCAAAAAAGUGCCAAGAUCAUUGCUGAGGAUAUGGAUAAUAUGGUGAACCUGCCAAAUAUGUCGGCGAUUUCUAUGUUAGAAACCCUUAAACUGCGUUACUCGCGAUCAAAAAUUUACACAUAUAUUGGAAAUAUAGUUGUUUCUGUAAAUCCAUAUAAGGAUCUAUUAAUUGAUGGACCAGAAGUAAUGGUGAAGUAUUUUAAUCGAAUGCUUACAAGUGUUCCAGCGCAUUUAUACGGACUUGCAGAAACGUUAUAUCAGACUGCCUUAAGAAAUGAAUGCGAUCAAAUUGUUGUCAUAAGUGGUGAAUCUGGCUCAGGAAAAACCGAAGCUUUUAAAAGAAUCACUCAGUAUCUUGCAUGUACAAGUGAGCAAGGUAAAAACAGCCUGAGUUCAGUGGCCAGGCGAGUUUUGGAAAGUACUCCGAUCCUUGAAAGUUUUGGGAACGCUACAACUGUGCGAAAUGAUAAUUCCUCAAGAUUUGGCAAGCUGGUGGAAAUAUUCUUUGCAAAGUCAAUAAUUAUUGGAGCGAAAAUCACUAACUUCUUACUUGAGAAAUCUAGAAUAGUGGGACAAUCUGAAAAAGAACGUAACUAUCAUGUGUUCUAUGAACUAUUAAGUUCACUUGAUAAUGAGAGUAAGGCAAAACAUCAUCUUAAAAAUGUUGAAGAUUAUCAAUAUUUAAUGAAAGAUUCGAGACGUGCAUUUAGUACACAUUCUGAUCCUGACGGUUUAUCAAUGUUGCUUGAAAGUUGGCAAACAUUAGGACUUCCACAAGAUGAAAUGGAUUUAUGUCUUCGUGUAGUAUCUGCUGUAUUGCAUCUUGGAAAUAUAACUUUUAAAAGUGAUAAUGAUAAGGAUAACACAUUUAUUACAAAUCCAUUCGUUGCUGAAAUCGCGGCUUCAGAGCUUGGUGUAGAUGUGACUGAAUUAGCUAAAGUGAUAACAAUGAAGUUAACAGAAACAUCUAUCGACAAACUUUGGAGUCCGGUUAACGUUGCUGGUGCAAUUGUAAAUCGUGAUUCUAUUGCGAAAAGUUUAUAUGCAGAAUUUUUUGAUAGAUUAGUGGAAAAAAUCAAUAUGAAAAACGCACCUCCGGAUUACAUGGAUUCAGACACAAAAUCAUCACUACGAGCAAUCGCUUUAUUGGAUAUUUAUGGUUUCGAAAAUCUUCCAACUAAUUCACUAGAACAGUUUUGUAUCAAUUACACAAAUGAAAAUUUACAACAAUUUUUCAAUCAUUACAUAUUUGAAUUGGAACAAGAAGAAUAUCGAGCAGAAAAUAUUAGUUGGCAAUAUGUUCAGUUCCCGGAUAACCAACCCAUUAUUGAUUUAAUAGCUGGUAAACCGAAUGGAAUAAUGCAUUUAUGCAAUGAUGAAGCCAGUUUAGUCACAGGGACAGAUAAGUCGUUUCUACGACAAUGUCAAUAUCAUCAUAAGAAUCAUCCAAAUUUUAAAAUGAAUAAGAUACAAGGAAAUAAUUCGUUUACUAUUGCACAUUUCGCUGGUGAAAUUGUUUAUGAUGUAAAUGGAUUUGUUGAUAAAAAUCGUGAGAAAAUUCGUGGUGAACUGCUUGCUUUAUUAACUAAAAGUAAAAUUUCUGCAGUAGCGACUAUGUUUCGUAAUGUUCAAGCUCAACGUACUGGUGUUAGUGGUACAGGUCCAAAAUUGAAAACCUCUUUAGUAUUAACAACAAUGAAUAAUUCACUACAACAGUUAAUGGAGAAAAUGAAAAUGAAUAAGCCAAGUUUUGUACGUUGUAUUAAACCGAAUAUGAAAAAAGAGCCAAUGGUAUUUGAUGAUGCUGUUGUUAUGGAUCAAUUACGUUACGGUGGUUUACUAGAAACUGUUCGAAUAAGAAAAUCUGGUUUCCCUGUCCGUAUCAGUUAUGAAUAUUUUAUCGAGCGUUAUUCAUUUUUACUUAAUUAUGAAAAACGUAAACAAUUAAAGAAUAUAGUAGAUACUCGUGAAUCAACAGCUUGGAUAUUAAUGAAUAUCAAUAUUCCUUUUGGAAAUCGAACACCUAUACAAAAAUGUGUUGAUUAUGAAUUUGGUAAAACUAAAUUAUUUCUACGAAAUCAAUUAGCUGUGAAUUUGGAAUCGCUUCGUACAAUUAAGGAGUUAUGUGCUGCUAGAACCAUUCAGCGAGCAUGGAGACGACGUGAUAAUGGAUUGAUUGAAAGAGCACGUCGUAAUGCAGCUAGAGUUAUUCAAGCAUGGUAUAGAGGGUGUAUGACAAGACGUCAGCACUCUGAUAUCGUUCAAUAUUUAGCAAAUAGAAGCAAGGAGCAACAAAUCGGUGCACUAAAAGAAGAUUAUUCGAAAAUCGAAAAACCUGUUAAAUCGUUAAGUGAAUCUGAAAUAGAAUGUUUAGAAGUCCCGAGUGAUUUAGCUUAUAUCUUACAACAUCGUAAAAUAUCCCAAGAAUGUUGGCUUCGUAAUCAUAAGGUAAUUAAGCCUUCCGGCAGUAUACGUCGUUUUGCACCAAAUUAUGUUUCAACUUCUUGGCAAAAAUAUGGUAGACCAUUAUGGCAUGCUGCACCUAUUUCACACUUGCUACAAACAUCUAGUUCAAUGUCGCAACUUGGCUAUCGUGUUGCACCACGUGAAAGACCAAUAUUCUUGACUCGACCAACUGAAAAAUUGGCUGCAGCUUGUGUAGCUGCUUCAAAACUUAUUCUGAGGCUACUAUUUUUGCCUGAAAUUUCGCUGCAUGAACAAUUUCUGGUUGGAAGUUUUUUAUAUCAACUGGCUCUCUGUCAAAAAUCUCUUCAUAAAGAAUUUCUUAUUCAAUUAUUAAGUAUGACUGUAAAUUGGCCUAAUGCAGCAGAAGAUUUCUCUACUUCAGAUCCAGAAGAUGAACCAAGCGAGUUCGAUCCAGAAACUAAACGAGGUACUUACAUUCCAUCAAGACCUAAUGGUCCGUUGAUUGUUAAAUCUCAUACUAGACAGUCUGGCACACAACGUCGAGCUUAUAGACGUCUUUGGAUGCAUAUUGCAGGAAUGCUUACAUGUGGUCAAUUAUCGCAAACACUAACACCCACUAUAGUCCGUUUUAUUAGAGAAAAUGCACCCAACAGAUCAGCUGAACUGUGUGAAGAUCGUGUUGUACUUGAACCUUCUGUACGUCGUCUAUACCCACCUUCUCUGUUAGAAUGGCGAAUAAAUUAUACUGGAACUCAUAUGGGCAUUAAACUUACAUUCCCAGAUGGUAUAUUGUCGAUUUUUCAUGUUGGCAGUUUUACGCGUGCUGAAACAUUAGCUGGUAUGGCUUUAGCAUUAAGAACAUAUUCAACACAUAUUCUUCAAGGCUGGACAAUAAGUGUACAUAUGUCAUCAAAAAUAUUAGAUGUACCAGGUUAUUUUUAUGUAUUGGAUAUAUUUAGUCAACAAGAACUUCCGGAAGAAUGGUCACAUUUAAAUAAUAUUCUUCUUCAUCAUGUAUUACCAUGUUAUGAUGCUAAAUCAAAAACAAAGGAAUAUAAUAGUGUUUACCAUUCCCAUUAUGCCAGAAAUGGAGUAACAGGAGUUAUUGACGAUUCACCACCACCUAUUUUGGAUAAAUAUAAGAAUUAUAAUCAUCAAAAAUUGGCUAAUUCAAUACAUGGCAUAGAAAACACCAUGAAUUCACACAGUCGUUAUACAAGAGCUUCAAAUAUAAAUUCUUUCAAUCACCAUCGUCGUCCUAGUUCUCAAGCUGACUGGUUUAAAGCAGUAAGGCUAAUGGCUUCAAAACGAUUCAGUGAAAGUACCAGGUCACUAUCAUCAAUUAGAAGGAAGAAUAUUAAAAAUCAGAAAAUGUUUAAUUCAUUUCAUUCACCUAGUGUUGGUUUCCCACGAUCCAAAUCUCCAGGUGAUAUUCUUCAAGAUAGUCGACUAACAAGAGCAUCUCCAACUGGUUAUCCCUGUAAAAGAAGUUCAAACGCAUUACCGCAUGAUAUGCGAUAUUAUAUUUACGAUCUUGCACCUUGGACCGUACAACUUAGAAAAGAAUUUAUCACUCCACGUGAACGUAUAAGAACAAAUUUGAUAUUGAAUUUAAUUUUUCACCAAAUCAUAUCUGAUAUCCAUGAUGAAAGAAAUUUACGUCUUAAUACAGAUGAUCGUAAUGAACUGUUAUCAGUCAUCGGUAAACAUAGAAAUCUUGAUUCCAUUGAAUCUGUUCAUGAAAUUCCAAUGGAAGUGAAAAAGAAGACUUUAUUGACUUCUUUGAAUUUACCUAUUUAUUUUGGACGAUUUUAUCCCGUUCAAUCGCUUGAUAUGAAUGCUUCUCCAGAUCUUAGUCAGUGGUUAGUAGUAAGUCAUCACGGUAUCAGGUUGGUUUUGCAACCAAAAGAUUGUACAGAGGUCAAUAUAAGAAUUAUCUCCAAGCUUGGUGACGUAAACAAAGUAACUUCAUCGCGGACAUCCAACAGACCACGGUGGCGAUGUGGAGAUCAAUCAUCAAUCAAGGAUUCUCAAAGUACUGAUUAUGGAAAACCUUCAGAUUAUCUUAAACCACCAUUAAGUCGAUCAGUCAGUACAGUAACCUACAAUCUUUUGACUCUAAAUCACGCUGCUGGAAUAAGUCAGUUUUAUACAGAAAUGGCAGAAAAGAUUUGUGAACUUAUUGAACUAUUCUUAAGAGAAUAUAAAGAAGAGAUGAAACGUCUUCAGGAUGCGAAACAUUCUGCUUUCAGAGGUCGUUUCAAUGCAUCAACUCCUGACAUUUCAAGUACUCCAGAAGUUGCAUAUCGACUGGUAUGCAGUCCUGCUUUACUUUCAAAUGAUUUGUCCGAACCCUCAUUUAAUUCAGAGCAGCAAUUUAUAACAAAAAAUGUUACAAAUCUUGAUACGAAACCUCCGAUUAUUCCACGAAGACGUAGUCAUGUUUCGCAUAAAUUUGAAAAUUCUACGAAUAAUAAUUCACUAGUUGACAGUUCUGAUUCAUUAUCUUCGGAUUCAGAAUUACAUUCACCGAAUCCAAUCAGUCGAUCAACAACACCAACUAUAGCCAAACAUACACGAUCAUCGAGUGAACGUAAUCUUAUUAGUGGUGUGAACAAUUUAGGAUCUGGUGAAGAUACUCCAAUUGGUUGGAAUCCACCAUUUAGACGAAAUUUGUUCGGUGAUUCACAAGGGCAACAGUUUAAUGAACAUCCUCUUUUGCCAUUUGCACGUCAAAACUUUUUAAAUAAAAAUGACGUAAUCCAACAACUUAGUUGGGAGCCUCAACCACCUGAAUCUGGAUCUCUGCUAAAACAUCCAGAUAGUGUGGAUAUGGAAGUGUCAAGGAAUAUAUUUACACUCAUUCAAUGUUUUGCCAAAGAAGUUCCAUCGAAAUACUCACAGAGUGUGAUUAUUAAAUUAUUAAUUGAAAUGCUAAACGAACGACCAUGGCUUUCUGAUGAGUUGUACUGUCAACUUGCUAAACAAACAUAUUCAUAUAAUAAUAGGAAUAAUCAGGAUAAUUAUGAACUUGUGUGGUUAUUAUGGAAAUUAUUAACAAUUUUUGUUCCAACAUCAGAUGCGCUUAGGCCAUAUUUAAUUAAAUAUAUUGGGUUUCGACAGGAUAUUCAACACCACAAAUUACAAGCUUGCUUAGAUACAAUUAUUCAGAAUAUGGAAAUCGUUUCCCGUUAUGGCCCUAGAAAACACUUACCACCUGAUAAUGUUUUAGAGUCCUUUAUAGACGGUCACAUGAUUCGUAGACAAGAAAUUUAUUUUAUUAAUAAUAAUAGUACAAGUAUACCACUUGGACAAUUAUGUCUUGUUCAAGACGUCAUUCAUAAUGUAAUCAAUAAACUAAGCGCAAGUCUCCUUAGUUCAGCGACUGAUUUCGCAUUAUUUCUUUGUCAUAAAAAUGGGUCAAUUAACACUUGUAGUAAUGAGCCGCUGAUACCUCUACUACUGGACACAUACAUAUUCGACUCUCCAAUAUACCAUGACGAUUUGAUAAUUCAUUUUCGAAGAAUAUGUUGGACUGUUCCACUGGAAUUGCAAAAGCUUCCUCGCGCUUAUUUGAGUUUUUUAUUUGAUCAAGUCGUUGAUGAGUACCUUUCGGGACACUGGUUACCGGAUAAACUCACCUAUGAUUCAAACGAAUUAUAUAAUAAAUGUCUUCAUCUCUCUUGUGUGUUACAUCAAAGUCAUGAAUCGUCUGUCUCUAUUAGCAGUACAAUUGCUGCUUCACUUAAACCAAAAAAUCUACAAAUUUCAGUAGAAAAAUGGUCAUCAGAAUUAAAUGGAUUACUUAAGUCAACACAAACAAAAGAUUCAGAAGAUAGUCAGAAAAUCUUUUUAUCUUCAAUUAGAAAUUGGCCUCUUUUUGGAUCAUCUUGUUUUCUUGGUCUGAUUGAAAACGGUCCAUCUGGAAUCCCAACUAAUUGUGAGAUAUUAGUUGCUCUAUCUCAUACAGGAAUUCAUAUAUUAGAUUCUUCAACUCGUGAAUGCUAUUUGGUUUUUGCUUACGAAAAUAUUGCAAGUACAAGGGUAAAAUAUUUUCAAUCUCUAUUUAUCAUUUGUGUUAUUUAUUUUCGUAGUUUUGGGAAGUCUUCAUAAUUUAAUUGAUUAAUUUCAUCGUAGCCAUUGAAAACUCUUGAGCCUUAGAGAGCUGCUAAGUCUCGUUUUGAAAUUUUCCAACAGUACAUCUUUACAAUCACACACAUAAGAACGGACCCAAUAGUAAUAUUAAUAAUAAUGGCUUCAUUCGAAUCUAGUAACUCCGUUACGAUACAUGAUUCUCAGCUACCGGAAGUAUUUCUCCAUCUAAUAUAUUUGUCUCAUUUCUUCAAAUGAUAGAUAAAAACGAAAAUAUCCCAAAAAUUGCCGAGUUUCUGUUUGCAAUUUUUAGUAUUUAUGAUUACUCAGUUCAAGCAAAUGUAAAACAGGUAAGUUAAUAAUUACAAUACUUGUACAGUUAGAAAAAUGCAACCCAAACAUUUGAGUAAACCACUAUGUUCUCAGAUCCCUCAACACCAUAUAAUCUGUUAUGUAAGACUUUUCCCUCGGAUCAACCUGAAACCUGGUUACCUUAUUCCUCUUGCGGUUCAUCACUCUCGAAGGUUGUGCAGCUUUGCCCUUGUGUCUUUUAUCUCUUCUACACUCGGGCUCCUGAGGGUUUUUUCGAGAUGAAUCCACAAGCAAUUGAAACGGGAGUCGGCUUUGUAGGACCAAUGUUCUGCCGUCCCUUUGAAUUUGGUUUAUGUGUCUCAUACACUUUCCGACAUUUCUCCAGACUAGGUACAGUACAUUUCCGAUCCGACAUUCUAUGACACCUAGUUCCCACUUCCUAUUACCUUGAUACAAAAUUGUUUUCCUAAAAAUUUCAGCUCAUCUCACUGACCGAAAUGAAAUUUAAUUUGUUCCGAACAUUUCUCAUCAAAACCUUUUAAUAUAACUUACGUGGAUUAAGACAAAAAAACUACCAUGACGUAAUAACCUGUUUACAGUCUAACUGAACCAGUGUUAAACCAACUGAAUAACUUGCGAAAUUGAACAAUUUGCUAUUUUGUGACCAAAACACUUGGAAACAAAAUAAACGAAGUGGUAACUAACUAAAAGUCUUCUAAUAAUCACAUAGUUUAGAUAAGUGAAAGUCGAAUAGAAAAAUAUGAAACAAUAAUCUCUACUAAAUUCAAGGAGUGACAUAACUCGUUCCAUCCCAUCAAUCACAUCUGAUUUUCAGUCGUGAAGUUAAGAAAAUGACCAAGUGAGGUGAAUAAUCUUUCUAAAAGUAAAAUAUGAUUUAGUUUAUUAUAAAAAAGUGUACGUAAAAUGUAAGAAAAGCGAAUUUCCCUUUCUCACUAUGGCUUUUGUCAUUUCUCUGACCUUUGGAUUUACCCGCUCAUUCAGAUUAUGGUAAUUUGUUCGUCAAGCAGACCUGUGAUAUCUUAUGGAUUUCAGUCAAAAAUUUUACAAAACUCAAAUGAUUUAUUAGUUUGUUAGUUACCCCUUUAGUUUGUGCCAUCACUUUAUCAGAUAAUUGUGUUUUGCCUGACUAACUGCUUUUGGAACCAAUAGCUUGUGCUACACUCGAAACCAUUUGAAUAUUUGUUAAGUUCCAUCUAAACUAGCUAUUACAUCUUUAUGGUCCUACUCGUAUGUCCACCAAUCAUUCAUAAAUUUGUUAAUUUUAUUUCAAAAUUUACUACUUGUUAUCCCCGAAUGAAGAAUAAAUGAAUGGUAAAUGCUAAGAAUUAUUCAUGAACUCUUAUUACAUGUAUUCUUAACGAAUAAUUAAUAAGUGUCUAGAUCAUAUAUAUUUAUAUUCCUUGUAUCAUAGGUUUUCAUUUGACCCAUUAACUACUGUUAUACAGUUUACCGUUCUUGAUUUAUUCUCAGUCUUUUAGUUACACCCUCCAAUACUCACAGCUACUUUUGGCUUGAUCUUGUACAAUUAUUACUUUUCAUUUUAUGAUGUGAUGCCAUCUGGUAAUACGUUACUUACUUAGCGUUUACUAUCACGGUUGUUUUCUGCGGGAUGGAGUUGCCGACCCCACUCCCAACCCUCCUCCUUUACCCCCGGACCGUCAGUGUAGCCCUAGAAGAACUACAGGAUGAGUUGUCAUCUGGUCAACAAGAACCAAUCAACAUCGAGGUGCACAGAACAAGCUGUGAAACACAUAUGGAGAAAUUCGAACACUUCACUUCUAUUUGAAGUUUGUGCUGAUGAUGUCGUUCAGAAGAACGAUGAAAGCUCCACGACCAAACCAUCCAGCUCAGAGAACAAAACUCCACCAAAAUGUCAUCAGGUCUGCUUGUACGUUAACCACAUAUGUCUGAAAUGUAUUAUUCAUAAAACGGAGGCUGAUAUUUAUUUUCUGAAUUGAACGGGUUUGGCUAGAUCAGAGGCUACUAAAUUGAGGACUAAUGCAGAUUGAGAGUUGACUCAGGACUACUUGUGCUUGCUGACGUGUCAUUGGUUUAACACAGGAAAAGGGUCAUAGGAGUGUAUAUUCUGAUUGUGAACUUUGUGACGUGAUAUUUGACGCGUCAUAGGACAUAACACUACUUAUUAAUGCAACUUAUUUCAUUUAUUCAGUACAAUUUUAUGUACUCAACAUUAAACAACAAUUUUUUUGUUAUGGCUAGCGAUACCACGCGACUGCCGCGACCAAAGUGAGUAUAAUCGAGUUCAAAUCUGUCAUCGAAUUUUUGAAAUUAAAGUGCUUCAAUCACUAAGCCACCAGCCCAAAUAUCUUACUUGCACUAAAACUUAUGCUAAAAUACUUGUAGUCAACUCACUUUGUCAACUUUAAAUGACUAUAUCUUGCAACAGUUCAGAUCAAAUUACAUAUAUUUGCUUCAUGCGUUUGUUAGACUUUUAUUUUGUAUACGUGAACAAAGGUAGAAAACUUUACAUCUAUUCAUUUUUCUCUUAGGUUACAUAUAAAGAUAAUAAUGACUACAACUGUAUUGGUUCUGUGCGUCUUACAGCUAGUAACGGUCAACAGUUGAUCCUGUCUUUAAUGCAAGCUAGAAUGUUUGUCUUCAUUUUAAGUCGAUAUCAGUAUAUACUAUCAGCAAAUUUGUUAGCCUCUGCUUGAACUAUGUUGGAAGCUAGACACCUCAUCAAUAUCAUACAAUCCUUAGAUAUAAUUGCAAAGAUAUAAAGUAAAAAUUCAUUGGUAUUCAGACAAAGACUUUUGUUUUGUAUUUACUCUUGAGAAAAGGGAGAGAAUCUGUGACAUCUUUGAUACGAUUAUCUUCAUUGUGGGAAAACGUGUUCAUUUAUUGCAUAGUUCAAACUUCAUAUUCAUUUAAUUUGACAAUAAUCAUGUAUAACUUCAAUUAUUUUUACAAUGACAAAGAAAAAUAAUUAUGAUCGACAACUAACUAAUUCUUUCCUCAAAACUCUUUAGAUUCAAUUUUAUCAGUCAAAACAUUUUAUGAAGAUUAUAAUAAUUUCAUGUUAUUGAUUAUGUUUAUCGUGAGUGACGUUUUUGAACUAUUUCUUCAUAAUGGGUCAACUUUUAAUCAGUAUUCAAGAAUGCAUGCAUAUGAGGUGUGUGAUUCUCAGUAAUUGAAAGCGUCUGUUCUUUACUUUUCUAGAUUUUCUCAGGCAAUAAAUUCUACAACUUUUGUUGAAUCAUGAAACAGUUGUGUAAUUGUUCCAGUUCGUUCCUAAACCUUUGAUCACCAGCAUAUAAACUGACACAAUUUGAGUUCCAGAAUAUUAUUAAUCAUCCAUCAGACAAGAUUCAUGUCACCCACUCUUCCAACUUGUAUAAUUCCAUUGCUUGUUGUUAUGUCGUAAAUAUGGAUAUACUGAGUCUAUUUUUCAAACAUAACUAUUCACUAUCAG